AUGAGCGAUAGCAAUAGUUAUUUUAUUGUGAUUAUUAUUUGUCUUCAAACACUUUAUACUUGUAUUCUUUCAAUAAUAGGACAAUAUAUCUAUGGAUAUUUUCUACGAACUUAUUAUGAUAUGUAUCAAAAUUGGACAAUUAUUAAUAAUUCAUCUUUGAAAAUCGAUAUAUUUGAAUUAAAUCGAGAACAAUGUAUAGAAAAUACAACAGAUAUUUCAAAUAGUUCUGCUCAAACAUGGGCACAACAACAAUCAGCUGAUUUAAUAUUUCAAGCAACUCUAUGGAGAGCAUUUCCAAUUAUUAUCAUUACGUAUUUAUUCGGUCUCUAUGCUUCACAAUUAAAUCGACGAUUAGUAUUAAUAUUAUCUAUAAUAGGAAAUGCUAUUCAUGUGAUUAUUUAUCAAGCAAUCAUCUAUAAAAAUUUAGCUGAAUAUUGGUGGUAUAUAUCGGCUUUUAUUGUUGGUUUGUCAGGUGGUCCUAAUAUUCUAGGUAUUGUAAUGAAUUUAGUAAUCACAGAGAGUACCGAAGAAAAUGAAAGAUCAUCACGUUUUGUACGUUACGGUGCUAUGGCAACGGCUUUAGCAGCAAUAGCAACAUUUGGUAUUGGUUAUUAUAUUCAAUGGCGUGGUUAUACAGAUUUAUUAUGGAUAAGCCUUGGAUUGGAACUAUUAUCAAUUUUUACCGUUAUUUUCUUUUUAAAACCAACACAUUAUUCAACGUCAAUUGAUGAAACUACAGCUCUACUAUCAUCAUCAUCAUCAUCAAACGAUGUACAUGUUACGAUAAACACAUCUACCAUAUCUAAAUUUUACCAUUGUUUUGAUAUUUGUACAGUAUUUAGUUUUAGACAUUGUUCGAAAAAGAAAUCAAUUAGUCUUAUUUUAAUCAUUAUUUCCUAUAUGUUCUAUUUAUUGGCAUUAUCAUCAUUGUCUACAAUGCUUUGGUAUCUUCUUGGUACUCCAUUCUGUUGGACAUCGAAAGAUCUUGGCCAAUUUUCUGCAGUAGCAUUGAUUGCUACGGCUAUUUUUAGUGUACUAGGCAUGAAAAUAUUGAAUUAUAUUGGAGCAAAUGAUGCUAUAAUAUGUAUUCUUAGUCAUAUUUGUUUCGGUGUUUAUUUAUUAUGGAUUUCAUUAGCUCAAUAUGGUUGGCAAUUAUAUCUAGCAUUAUUAAUUAAUCCAUUUUCGAGUUAUCAAAAUAUAUUGACAAUACCAAUGAUAUCUAAAUGGUUAGAAGUUCAUGAACGCAAUAAUGUUUUUACAUUAGUAACAGAAAUAAAUACAAUUAUUACGGCUUUCGGAGGUUCAUUAUCCAAUUGGAUCUAUUCUCGAACAGUAAUUUAUCAAAAAAAUUUUACAUUAUUAUUGGCUAGUGGAAUUUGUAUUAUACCUUGUAUUCUCAAUAUUCGACGAAUUUCCAAUGAACAAGAAUUGACUCGUAUAUCAGAAAUAAAUACAGAACCAACAACUUUGCUACUAUCAAAUAAUCUAUCUCCGCAAGCUGUUGAUGUAACUUGUUUAAUUCAACUACCUCAUUCGCGUACUCAUUCUCUCUGUAUAUCAUAUAAUGAUCGAUCUCGUACUAAUUCUAACUCUUCAUUAAAUAAUCAAAGUGAUUGGCAAGUGACCAUAUAA